CACAAUGGCACGACAUAUGGACCAGGAUGCAGAUCCGGGUCAACAGCAGCAGGAUGAUCCGAGUCACCCAGGUGGACAGCGAGGAGGAGCUAGAGGAGUUCAACAUGUGGAACGUCAUUUUCUCCUUCCUGAAGGAGAAGCUCAACGACACCAGCAUCUACGUGGAUCUCUACAGCAACAAAACCUGCCUGAAGGUUGAGCUGCUGGAGGCUAACACCACAUACUGCAUCGUCCUCUUCCGACGCUUUGACCCUAAACUGUUCCUGGUUUUCUUUCUGGGCCUCUUGUUGUUCUUCUGUGGGGACAUGCUGAGCAGAAGCCAACUCUUCUACUACUCAGCCGGGAUUAGUUUUGGCUUGCUGGCCUCGCUGCUCAUCCUUGUCUACAUGAUGUCCAAGGUCAUGCCCAAGAAAAAUCCUGUUUAUUUCCUGCUGGUAGGAGGCUGGUCGUUUUCCCUGUACCUGCUUCAGCUGAUCUUCAAGAACCUACGGGAGAUCUGCAAGUCUUACUGGCAGUACCUCCUAGGCUACCUGCUGCUCGUGGGCUUCAUGAGCUUCGGCGUGUGCUACAGGUAUGGCCCGCUGGAGAACGAGCGCAGCAUCAACCUCCUCUCCUGGGCCCUGCAGCUCCUGGGCUUGCUGCUGAUGUACUCAGGCAUCCAGAUCCAUCCCAUUGCCUUGGCCUUGGUGGUCAUCGCUGUCUGCACCAAGAACCUGGACUACCCCAUGCAGUGGGUCUUCGCUGCCUACAGGAGAGUACAGAGUGCCAGGCUCGGGCCGAGCCCACCUCGCCUGCUGACAGAGGAGGAGUACCGGGUCCAGGGUGAGGUGGAGACGCGCAAGGCCCUCGAGGAGCUUCGAAGCUACUGCAGAAGCCCAGAUUUCUCUGCCUGGACUGCAGUCUCCCGCAUCCAGUCUCCCAAGAGGUUUGCUGACUUUGUGGGUGGCGCCUGUCAUGUCACCCCCAACGAGGUCUCUGUCCAUGAGCAGGAGUACGGCCUGGGUGGCAUCUUCCUUGAGGACCAGCUCUUUGAGGAGGAGGAGGAGGAGGAUGACUCCUUUAACAGGAGUCACAUGAGUUACUUCCACAACCACCUGGAUGCUGAUUGAGGUCAGCUACCCCAGACCCACAGAGAUGAGGGGCAGAACUGCUGCUGCUGCUUCCUCAC